UCCAAAUCAUCAUCAUAUUUCCCUCCUGCAUGCAUCAACCUUUUCAACUGACAGUGUGUGUUUUUCCACCUCAACUGCCUUUUCUCCUAUAUAUAUAAAAACCCAACCCCGCCUCACUACCACCUCAUCGAUCACCACCAAAGAACACAACAAUUAGCUAGCAGAUCAAACAACUAGCGACAAAGAUUUGUUAGUGAUCCGUGCUGAUCAGAUGGCUAAGAUCGCUGCCGUCGCCGCCACGGCGGCGCUGUGCCUCGCGGCCCUGGUGGCCGUGGCCGUCGGCCAAGGCGUGGUCGAGCGGCAGAGGCUCAAGGACCUGCAGUGCUGGCAAGAGGUCCAGGAGAACCCGCUCGGCGCGUGCCGGCAGGUGCUCGACCGGCAGCUCACCGGCGGCAUGCGCUACGGCAUCGGCCCGUUCCGGUGGGGCACCGGGCUCCGGAUGCGGUGCUGCCAGCAGCUCCAGGACGUGAGCCGCGAGUGCCGCUGCGCCGCCAUCCGGAGCAUGGUCAGGGGCUACGAGGAGACCAUGCCGCCGCUGGAGAAAGGCUGGUGGGGGCAGCAGCCGCAGCCGGGCUACGACUACCCCUGCAGCCAGGCAGGAGAGGGAUACGGCUACGGUGAGAGUGGCCAGCAGCAGAUGUACCCACCGUGUCGUCCCGGCACCGGGCAAAAAAUCGCCCGCGUGAAGCUUACAAAGGCCAGGCAGUACGCCGCAGGGAUGCCGAUGAUGUGCCGGCUGUCGGAGCCCCAGGAGUGCAGCGUCUUCUCCGGCGGCGACCAGUACUACUAGGGUAAGAGUGAGUCGGCGCGCCGUGCAAGACGCAUGUGCGCGUCCAAAUCCUGAACCUGAAUAAUGUACUAACUCUGAGGAAUAAAUAAGGGGAUGUUUUUUUUAUGAAACAUAAAUAAGGGGAUGUUGCCAGAUAGCACUGGCACGGUUCGUGUAAUAAAAAGGGUUCAGAAAUAGUUCAAAUGAGUCCCAUGGGAAUCA